UGUCGGAACCCAUAGACAGAAAUCAUCGUCAUCAUCAAUGGCGUUUUCCCUCGCUUCUCUCUGCAAAUCACUUUCCUCUCUCCUCCCUUCCCAAUCAAUCCUUCCGAAGCCAUCAGAUUUUGCCCCACCGGUUUCCCGGUGGGACCCCAAAUCGACAUGGACGCCGACUUCUCUGUCUCUCUCUUUGACGACGGCCGAUGAAAUCAACGCCGUAACAUGUCCAUCGCUGGCGUAUUCGAACACCCUUUUCUUCAAAUCGGUUUGCUAUAACGUUCAGGUGUUGGUGGCCGAGAAUGAACCGGAGGAGAAGCUGUUGAACCGGUUCCGGAGGGCCGUGUUUAAGGCCGGCGUCAUCCAGGAGUGCAAGAGGAGGCGAUUCUUCGAGAGCUCGCAGGAGAAGAAGAAACGUGGAACCGCAAAAGAUUUUUCAGAGGUUUUAGGCUAUGUUAUUCAGACCCUGCUUAAUUUCGGACGCUUUAAACCAAAGGCUUCCGCACAAGCCAAAGAAGAAGGCCCUAAGAAGAAUUAUGAUGAAGAUGAUAACUGGGACCUUCCUGAAGGAGACUUGCCCUAUUAG